AUGUCCCAUACCAUCCCAAGUCGUAAGCGACAACAUGCCCAUCAUAGCCAACUCGUUUGCUUCUACCAAGCCCACAAGCUUGAGUCUUCAACCAAGACUCGUUGUUCACUUGCCAAUUGCAUCACCAACUGGUUAAGUGCUCAGCCUGUCAAGCCUAUCUUCGUGCUGGAAUGGUUUUUUCUCCUCCCUGAGGUCGUUGCACCUGUCAACUCUGGCAUUCCCAAGGCAUCGCAUAUCCGGAAGGGAGCAAAUACGAUCAACUGUUAUGGAUUGACUUCUCCUAAAGAAGCGAAGCGUAGCGAUUCGUACUACCGGAAAAGUGUCGCUAACCGCUAG